UCUGCUGGAAACGUAAAGAGGAGGGAGUGUGACUCCUGCAGGCUACAAACCACUGAAUGGUCUAAUUAGGAACUGUUUCAAAUGGAAGAUCUGCGCGCCAUGGAAGAAUCACUCAACAGCACCAUUGACCCAGCUUGUUUACAAGAACCUCCUCUAGCUAUAGACAUGAUAAACCAACUAGAUGUGUUUGGAAUGUGCCUCUACGCCAUGCUGUCCUUCAUGUCCUGUCUGACCCUGCUGCUGUACCUGGAGCAGUGUUGGUUUGUUUACAAAAAGACGCCCUAUCCCAAGAAGACCACCAUCAUUUGGAUAAGUGGUGCAGCACCAGCUAUCAGCACCAUGGCCUGUCUCGGGAUGUGGAUUCCUCGGGCUGUCAUGAUCACAGACAUGGCAUCUAACUCUUAUUUUGCAGUUGUGGUUUAUAAAGUCUUAGUCUUGUUAAUCGAGGAGUUGGGAGGCAGCACAGAUUUUCUGCACCGGUUCUCUGGGAAACCCUUCAGGAUCAACACAGGACCCUGCUGCUGCUGCUGCUGCUGUUUACCCCAAGUUCCAAUGUCACGACGGAUGUUAUUCAUUUUAAAAGUGGGAGCUCUGCAGUAUGCAAUCCUAAAAACAGCGCUCUCUGUCCUCGCUGUGGUGUUGUGGACUAAUGGGAAUUUCGACCUUUCUGAUUUAGAGAUUACUGGAGCAGCCAUUUGGCUGAACCCAUUCAUCGGUGUCCUCACCAUCGUCUCCCUUUGGCCUGUUGCCAUCAUCUUCAUGAACACUAACAGGUUUCUCCGCAGCAUCAGCAUUGUACCCAAGUAUGCCAUGUACCAG